AGGUGGUGAGGAGUAGGUGUUCUGUGGCGCCGCCGCACCAUGGGCCGUAGGAAGAAAACCUGCGGCACAAAUGGAUCAACGCGAUAUCAAAAAAGGAUUUUGUGCCGACCAAGUACACGAAGGUGUGUGCGGACCACUUUCAUCCCUCCUGCCUGGAGCGAACGACAACAUACACAGACCCAAGAACGGGGCAGGUGCUCGAAUCGGCAUUGCCAGUGCCGCGUCUUCGCCCCGGUUCUGUGCCGACAAUAUUUCCCGUGUGUCCAUCGUAUUCCUCGAAGCUUCCGGGAGAAAAACGCAACAGAAACUUCGGAAGCACGGAUGACGCGAAUAGAAGCUGCAAAGCUCGCCGAUGCGACACUCGCAGAACUGAAGGUCCCACAUCAGCAGCAAUCGGUGAAGAGCAUCCGGCAGCCAACAGCAGGUACUUCAUCAACUCCUUCCUCACAAGAAGUGCACACUCAGGGCCCUCACGUGCAGUCUGGACAGACUUGUCAAACUAGCCAUUGGCCCAUUGCACUUGAUCAAGGUGCAGACGACGACCUCAUUGGCACUGUGUGGAUGAGUGUUGAGAGUGGUGAACUCCUUGCCAUGACCUCAAGCCCACCACCAACUGAGCCGGCAAGAGAUGCAUGCAGGUACAAGUCGCUAGCCAAAGCGGUAAAGGCCACCCCGUUCAACCAAGACUGCGCAGUGAUCGGGUGCGACAACAGUCGCCGAAAGCGCAUGCGUUUAAUGGAGGAAGUGUGUCAUAGACACAAAGGGCAUAGAAGCAAGUGCAGGUGUGGUGUCUACAGCUUUCAUCGCUUCCCAUUCUCAUCGAAGUGGCGUCACAGGUGGAUCGAAGCAUUGCGCCUACCAAAUGACGAGUUCAUCGAUAGCAGUUGGGUGUGCUCUGUGCACUUUGUUCGUGGAAGGCCAACAGUUACACAUCCAGUGCCAACACUGCAUCUUGGUCACAGUUAUGAGGACCCAGCAGAAGUCAUCGAAAUUCCUGACGUCACGGCGGCCUGGUGCGGGAACUCAAAAGUGGCGUCGCCGCCUGAUCAAGCGUCUCCUCGUGCAGCCAUGUCCUUCUGGACCAUGUCGCUCGAGAACGUCAACGAAGCGGCGACAGUGCAUACCUGUCCCGACGAGGACGCAGAGGUGUUCGAGGAUGCACUUGACGUCUCCAGUCCAAGGAUCGAGACGCGGCCUGCGGACACCGUGAACGUGGAGCGAGCGGCCGAAGAGGCGACCCGGGCUCUCGACCUGCUCCUCAGCAACCAGUUCGGGGAGGCGCUCAAGCGCAUGAAGCCCAAGGCCCACGAAAGCAUGUACCAUGCACUGGGGCAGUCCACCAUCAUGUUCAUGCAGGCGGUGCUCACCAUAGACAUGAGUGACAUCAAAAGUGCGCAAGAAGCAAUCCGGCAGGGCGUCGAAGUGUGCAACCGAAUGCGCCGCAGAACCUCGGCCGUGGCACGGAUGCUGCUCCGGCCGGACUACAACACCUACACCAUGCAGGAAAUCCACGCGGAGCUGUGCUACGCCGAGUGCCUUCUGGAGAACGCCAUCCUGACCUUCGUCGAAGAUCAGAGCCUGGUGACCUUCAUCAAGGGAGGACUCAAGAUCCGGUCUUGCUACCAGUCUUACAAAGAAUGUAUGCAGAUGCUGGCAACAAGAAACUGGGAGAGUUCAAAGGAAAAGGAACACUUUGAAAGCGGUGUUCACUUGGGCGUUGGCGCAUUUAACCUGCUGAUCUCCCAACUUCCAUCGCGGAUCUUGAAGCUCCUGGAAUUCAUAGGAUUCUCCGGAAACAAGGUGCUGGGAUUGCGAGAACUAGAAGAAGGCUGCAUGAUGCAAGACUACCUCCGUGGGCCUCUGUGCAGUAUUGUGCUUGUGGCGUAUCACACGUUUGUCCUCUACAUCCUGGGACUUGGCGACGGAGAUUUAGAACUUUCGGAAAGGCUAGUGAAAGGCCUUCUAAGUAAAUAUCCAAAGGGUGUGCUCAGUUUGUUUUUCAAUGCAAGGAUGCAUCAGGUCAAGGGCCAGAUAGAAAAUGCAAUAAACCAGUAUUACGAAGCAAUUGAGGCGCAGAAUGAGUGGAUUCCUUUCCAUUAUAUUUGCUACUGGGAACUACUUUGGUGCCAUUGCUUUAGGUGCGACUGGGACCGAGCCAUUGAGACUGCCGACAUCCUGCGCAAGGGCUGCCGGUGGUCAAAGGCCACCUAUGUCUACAUCCAGGCUUCCUGCCUCUAUGCUAAGUACAGGGACGGCAGCACUGAGUUCAUGGAAGAGAUUGUUAACCUCCUCAGGCAAGUUCCUGGGCUCAAGCAGAAAAUUGCUGGCAAAUCCAUUCCCAUCGAGAAGUUUGUGGUGAAAAAAUCUCAAAAGUUCUUCGACAAUGGCCAGCGGCUCACUCUGCCUGUUGUGGAAAUUAUGUACAUGUGGAACAGCUUCCCCAUGAUUGGGCGCAAUGAGAAGCUUCUGCUCCAGAUCUUGGGACUUGUUGAAAACGCUCUGCCCGAGGUUUCCAGGGAAAAAGAAAUGGAUGAAAGGUAUGUCGACGACUACUGCCUUGCAAUGCUGCUCAAGGGCGUAUGCAUGCGCUACAUGGGCCACCCGCUGCAAUCUGAGGAAUGCUUCCUGGAAGUUUUCAAGUAUCAGGACCAGAUCCUGGAGGACACGUACCUGCUGCCUUUUGCUGCUGCUGAGCUAGGUUUCCUCUCUAUGCAGCAGCAGCAGUAUACAAAGGCCAAGGAAUGGCUGGACCAGGCCAGGAACAACUACCGUGACUACCUGCUCGAGUCUCUGGUGCAUUUCCGGAUCCACUCGGCGCUCAAGUCACUCCGCACCGGAGGCCACCUGUCACCCCGAUCCGACCCGACAACGCCGUCGCCCACAAACUCCCCGUUUCCGUCGCCCUUGAACACGCCGACGCACGGCGUAAUGGUCAACGGCUUUCCUUUCCUGAGCACCAGCCCGGGUAUCACAAAGAAAGUGAUGCACCCACCCAUUCCGAACGCUGGCGAGGAAGGCAUCGUGGGUGCCGACUGAGUCUCCGAUCAUUCCGAGGGAGAAACCAACAUCCCCAAGAACAUGCGACUGCGCACCAAGAUACCGCAUUUUUGGCCAGUCAAGAGCUUGUUGCGAAGGCACCUUUGUUUUUAUCUUAUUCUUUUUUCAGCUUGACGGGCUCGUGCAAGAUCCAGCUCGAUGGUUGGGCCUCGAGACAAAGGCAAAGAGUGUAAUGGCUAACUGGUCGUCGCGGCUACAAACUUGGGUCACCGCAAUCAUUCCGGCUCUGUGAUCAGAGUGUUGGCACUCGUGUUUUUCUUCUUCUGUCAUUGUUCACACGUUACGCGCACACUUUCGUGCCCCCCCCCCCCCCCCUCGACGUUUGCACGAGCGCUGCUAUUGUGGGACAACAGGCAGUCUGUUGUGCCAGGCAAGCAUGCAUACUUUUAGAGUCGUGUUUUCGUUUUUGUGUGAUGGCUGUUACCUUUUGCUGGCACCAGGAGCUAGCACAUGCAACUAGCUGCGAGAAGCGUAGAAUGCGUGCUCUCUGUAUUAAAGAAAAGCAAGCAAAAGAAAUAUCUUGAGGUAGUUGUGUUCGGAAGCCAUUCUCCUUGAAGAAAUGCUUUCAUGCUACCUCGUCUUAGGACUGAUCUUUAUUAAAAGUAUCAGCUCAGCUAGGCUACUAGUACUGCUGGCUUUAGCCACACUGGUAAUAGGCUGCAGACUGUUGAAUUGUGUACUAUGAAGCGUAUGUGGCACCUGAAAGCUUCGUUGUUGCAGUGUGGUCACUGCACGCGUUGGGCAUCAUAAUGUCACAGAAAACAUUCAGUAAGGUUUUGUUUGAGCUCAAAGUUGAAGCGAAUCGAAGAAAAAAAAGAGAGAGAAAAUUAGCAUCUUGCAUUUUAUUCUAGGCACUCAAACAUGUUACGUGUGAAGCAUUCUUUCUUUCUUUCUGCGAAGGGAUACCACAGUUUUAUGCAUUAUCACUCCCCUGUGCCCCAAGCAAUCCCAGCUUUGUGUGUGCCUGUCACAAACAAUGCAAUUUGACAAAUGUUCAUUGGAUCCUUCAAAGAAGGCUCUGGACAUGUGUGCAACUCAAGUCACCAUAAAAAGAAGCUAAGAGUUUCGAUGCUGCUCUUGCAACUUAAGCACAGCACAAAUCAGAAUGCACAUAGCACUACACAUGUUCUUUAUGCAUGCAUACUGUCCUAUGGUCCCUGUCAAUGAAAGCAAAAAAAAAGUAAAGUAGUUCACAGUCUUGCUUUUAUGAACAUUAAGCCAAGACCUAAGUGGAUGUUUUUUCUCUUCUCACUAUGAUGUGUAGCUUGCAUCAUAAUUAUGUUCAGCUGCAUUUGAAAGUGUGGCUUCAACAAGAGCAAAUUGUUUUGUAUGUGCAGUUGACGUAAGGCUUAGAAAAACUAAAACUUCGGAUAGCAUGCACAGCACACAUAAGAUCAGUGUUUGGGGGAUCAAGCCAGGGUAAGCAUUUUGGUAGACAUUCUGCACAACAAUGCACCCUCAAGUUUGUUCAAUUCAAUGGAACUACAAGAUUGUUCAAGGCUUUACUUUUUUAAAAAUUGGUUUUACAUUAGCAUCACAGUUGGGACAUGUGACAGUGCUGUGCUACUGUCAAAAGCCACACACUCAAAGAAGUCAUUCCACUUAAAAUGCUCUCUUCUCGCAACUUCAUUUUAUCAGCACUUGUACACUUGUGGGCAGACGUUAGCGGACCAUAGAUUCCUUGGACAGGCUGAAAUAACUCACACUUUAAGCUUGAAAAGUGGAAUUCGAGAGUGCAGUGAGAAGGCUGAGCACACAGACGUUGUAUCGCACUGGUCAGUUUCAGACAGCAAAGAUAGUCUUUCAUCCAACCUGUGGUACGCAAACCUUUGUUUCUGACUGUACAAGAGACACUUUUAAUUUACUUCGGAGGGCACGAACCUUGCUGCCAAGGCAGCCAGGAGGUGCUUGUUACUCCCCCCCCCCCCCCAUUUUGUGUACAUUCUUGUGAUACAUUCCGUUCAAUAUAGAUGAGAUUUACUGUACGAAAAGAGAGAUAUAUGUGUAGUUCAAGUUUGUCGGCCAGUCUUACAAGCAUGCUUAUAUCUCUAGCCAAUAAAACCAGAACUCUACA